AUGGCUCCAAAGGUUUUUCUCACAGGUGUUACCGGGUACAUUGGCGGAGAUGUCUUCUAUGCAGUCUCCCAAGCACAUCCUGACUGGCAGAUUUCUGUCCUGGUUCGCAACAAAGAAAAGGCGGCUCAACUUGCCAGUAAAUACCCCAAUGUCCGAAUCGUGCAUGGAGACCUGGACUCCGCCGACGUGAUCGAGGAGGAAGUCAAGAAUGCAGAUAUCAUCUUCCACUGCGCCGACUGCGACCACGUCGCGUCUGCCACUGCUAUCGCCAAAGGCGCUACUCACCACACCCCUGAGAAGCCCCUCUGGUUAAUCCAUACAUCUGGCACCGGCAUUCUGACCGUCGAAGACUUCCGCGCUAACACCUGGGGAAUCGAGCGCACCAAGGAGCACAAUGACUGGGACGGAGUAGACGAGCUGAUGAACCUGCCCGAUGACUCUUUACACCGGAAUGUCGACAAGAUCAUCAUCGGGGCCGGCCAGCGUGCCCCCGACAGUGUUAAGACCGCCAUCGUUUGCCCCCCUACCAUCUACGGGCCCGGCCGUGGUCCCGGCAACCAAAAGAGUGUCCAAGCGUACUGGCUGGCUUCUGCCGUACUGAAAAGGAAGAAGGGCUUCCUUAUCGGCGAGGGCAAGAAUACCUGGCACCAGGUACACGUCCAGGAUCUCACCAAUGUCUACCUGGCCCUAGGGGAUGCCGCGGCGGCAGAAGGCGGCAAGGCCACCUGGAAUGAGCAGGGGUACUACCUCGCCGAGAACGGGUCUUUUGUCUGGGGUGAUAUUUCGCGUGCUGUGGCCAAGGUGGCUUACGAGAAGAAGCUGAUUCCGUCUCCUGAUGUUGAGCCAUUGUCAGACGAGCAAAUCACGGAGCUGAAUCAGUAUGGCCUGUAUGCUUGGGGGAGCAACUCGCGCGGCCAUGCCAUACGCGCGAGGAAGCUGUUCGGUUGGACGCCUCAACAGCCUAGUUUGAUGGAACUUAUCCCUCAGAUUGUCGAGAUUGAGGCUAAAGCUUUGGGACUGAUGUAA